AUGGGAACCCUCAUUGACAGAUUCGAAGAGCACGAUGGACCCGUCCGUGGUGUAGAUUUCCACCCAACCCAGCCCCUGUUUGUGUCCGGAGGCGAUGACUACAAGAUUAAAGUCUGGAACUACCAGACCCGGAGAUGUUUAUUCACAUUGAAUGGCCACUUGGAUUAUGUCCGGACGGUAUUCUUCCACCCGGAGCUACCUUGGAUCCUGUCUGCGUCCGAUGACCAGACCAUCAGAAUCUGGAACUGGCAAAACCGGUCACUAAUUUGCACUAUGACCGGCCACAACCACUACGUGAUGUGCGCCCAGUUCCACCCUACCGAAGACCUCAUUGCCUCGGCCUCCUUGGACCAAUCCGUUCGCAUUUGGGAUAUCUCCGGCUUGCGCAAGAAGCACUCGGCCCCGACUUCGAUCUCCUUCGAAGACCAGAUGGCCCGAGCCAAUCAGAACCAAGCCGAUAUGUUUGGCAACACCGAUGCAGUUGUCAAGUUCGUGCUGGAGGGACACGACCGUGGGGUGAACUGGGUGUCGUUCCACCCAACACUGCCUUUGCUCGUUUCCGCAGGUGACGACCGACUGGUGAAGCUCUGGCGCAUGAGUGAGACCAAGGCGUGGGAGGUCGACACCUGCCGCGGUCAUUUCCAGAAUGCCUCCGCCGCUCUCUUCCACCCGCACCAGGACCUCAUCCUCUCCGUUGGCGAGGAUAAGUCAAUUCGGGCCUGGGAUCUGAACAAGCGCACCUCUGUACAGUCUUUCAAGCGCGACCUCGACCGAUUCUGGGUUAUUGCUGCCCACCCCGAAAUGAACCUGUUUGCCGCAGGCCACGAUACCGGUGUCAUGGUCUUCAAGCUUGAGCGAGAGCGCCCUGCCUCUGCUAUUCACCAGAACCAGCUGUUCUACAUCACAAAGGAGAAGCAUGUAAAGAUGUAUGACUUCGCCAAGAAUGUCGAGUCUCCUCCCAUGCUCUCAUUGCGCAAGCUUGGCUCCCCAUGGGUUCCUCCCCGAACCCUCUCCUACAACCCUGCUGAGCGCGCUAUUCUGGUCACCACACCCGCCGACAAUGGUACUUAUGAGUUGAUCCAUCUUCCCCGGGAUGCUACCGGCGCCGUGGAGCCCACAGACGUUAAGCGUGGACAGGCAACCUCUGCUGUCUUCGUUGCCCGCAACCGUUUUGCUGUGUUCAACCCCUCGAGCCAGGUGGUCGACAUCAAGGAUCUCAGCAACUCCACAACCAAGACCAUCAAGCCCCCAGCUGGAACAACCGAUAUCUACUUCGGUGGCACCGGAUGCCUCCUUUUCAUCACCCCUACACAUGUCGUUCUGUUCGAUAUUCAACAAAAGAAGCAGCUGGCCGAGAUUGCCGUGAGUGGUGUGAAGUAUGUGGUUUGGUCUAAUGAUGGUCUUUACUGCGCUCUGCUGAGCAAACACAACGUCACGAUUGUCACCAAGACCCUCGAGCAAGUUAGCACCCUGCACGAGACAAUCCGAAUUAAGAGUGCUACUUGGGACGAUGCUGGUGUGCUUCUUUAUUCCACCCUCAACCACAUCAAGUACUCUCUUCUCAACGGCGACAACGGCAUUAUCCGCACCCUUGACCAGACCGUGUAUCUAGUGCGCGUCAAGGGACGCAGCGUUUACGCUCUUGACCGCAAUGCCCAGCCCCGUAUUUUGGAAAUUGACCCAACUGAAUACCGCUUCAAGCUCGCUUUGGUCAAGCGGAACUAUGAUGAGAUGCUGCAAAUCAUCAAGACCUCAAGCUUGGUUGGCCAGAGCAUCAUCUCUUACCUUCAGAAGAAGGGCUACCCCGAGAUCGCCCUGCAGUUCGUCCAAGAUCCCCAGACUCGCUUUGACCUUGCUCUCGAGUGUGGUAAUCUCGAGGUUGCUAAUGAGAUGGCCCGGGAGUUGGAUCGCCCCAAUUUCUGGACCAGACUCGGAACCGAGGCAUUGGCUCAUGGUAACCACCAGACUGUUGAAAUGACAUACCAGAAGCAGCGAAACUUUGACAAGCUCUCUUUCCUGUACCUCGCCACUGGUGAUCAGGAGAAGCUUUCUCGUAUGGCUAAGAUUGCCGAGCACCGCGGUGAUUUCACAUCUCGCUUCCAGAACGCUGUCUACCGGGGAGAUGUCGAGGACCGUAUCCAGAUGUUCAAGGAGGUCGACUUGUACCCCCUCGCCUAUUUGACUGCCAAGUCACAUGGUCUGGCUGAAGAAGCCGAAUCAAUCCUCGAAGCUUGUGGUCUCACGGAAGACCAGAUUGGUUUGCCCACUCUUGAGCAGCCCCUGCAGGUCCCUCACCCAAUUGUGCCCACAUUCAAGUCCAACUGGCCCGUCAAGACUGCCGGUCACUCUUCAUUCGAGAAGGCUCUCCUUGGAGAGGUUGGUGUCGACGAAGAUGUUGGUGCUGAUGGAUACGAUGUUGAGGAGGAGGAGGAAGAAGCCACUCUCGCUCGGGACACCCUGGACGAUGAUGACGAGGAGCCCUCAGGGUGGGACAUGGGAGACGAUGUCACUAUUGAGGAAGAUGUCGACUUCGUGAAUGUGGAAAGCGCCGAGGCUGGGGCCGCUGGUUCCGAAGCUGAUCUCUGGGCUCGCAACUCUCCGUUGGCCGCGGAUCAUGUCGCUGCUGGCUCUUUCGAUACUGCCAUGCAGCUUUUGAACCGUCAAGUUGGCGCUGUCCAGUUUGCUCCCCUGAAGUCUCGAUUCCUUGACAUUUACAAGGCCACCAAGACAUACCUCCCGGCGAGCGCUGGUCUGCCGCCCCUGGUCAACUAUGUGCGCAGAACUGUCGACGAGACCGACUCUCGCAAGAUGCUCCCCAUUAUUCCUGGGGACCUCGAAACCAUUGCCACCGUCGACUUGCAGGAAGGCUAUGCUGCUAUGCGCUCCAACAAGCUAGAGGACGGCGUAGCCACCUUCAAGAGAAUUCUGCACACUUUGCUUGUCAACGCUGUCUCGUCCGAGGCUGAUGUGGAACAGGCCAAGAAGAUCAUUGCCACUGCUCGUGAAUACAUCCUCGCUAUGUCCAUUGAACUUGAGCGCCGAACACUCUCCACCGACACCCCCGAGAAUCUCAAGCGUAGCCUUGAACUGUCUGCCUACUUCACCAUUCCCAAGCUUGAGGUUGCUCACCGCCAACUUGCUUUGAUGGCUGCGAUGAAGCUCGCAUUCGCCAACAAGAACUAUGGCUCCGCCUUGAGCUUUGCCAACCGGAUGCUGGCCAACGGAGGCUCGGCUAAGCUCUUGGAACAGGUAAGAUCUAAAAUCAUCGGUCAAUCGGAACUCGAUACUAACUAUCAAAACCAGGCCAAGAAGAUCAAAGCCCAAUGCGAACGCAACCCGCAAGACCAGAUUGACAUUGACUUCGACCCCUUUGCCGAGUUCGACAUCUGUGCCGCUUCUUACACCCCCAUUUACAACGGCUCUCCCAGUGUGUCGGAUCCCUUCACCGGCGCCAAGUACCACCCCCAGUACAAGGGCAGUGUGGACCGGAUAUCCGAGGUCACCGAGAUCGGCGCGCCGGCCAGUGGUCUGCGUCUGUUUGUCCCCAGUCAAUUUUGA